UCAAUCAGCGAAAUAAAAUGGAGAAUUUCGAGUGAUUGUUGUUUUGCACAACAUAAAUCUCGCGUGCGGGUUGUCAAAAGUUUGUGUAUUUCGAUUGUUUAAAACCGGAUGAAAAGUGUUGAAAACUAAAGUGAAAUCUGGCCGGAUCAUGAUGGAUAUUGCGUAAAUCGGAACCGGCCAUCAUCCAGCGCACAAGGGGCAAAGAAAAAAGUACAAUUUCGGAGGUAACCAUCCAUCUCGUUGAGGCCCGUCCGUAAGAAGCAAAUCGUAAGGAGGCUUGCUCUUCUGCUUGGUGGGAGUGAAAAGAAGGCUUCGAAAGAAUCUGAAAAAAUGCGCCUCUUCCCGCAAUUCCGUGUUUGAUAUCGGUGUGGCAUUACAUCACAGCGUGAUUUAGGAAUUCGGUCAAAGUGAAACCCAGGGUGGGCAGAAUCCGCGCAAAAGAACGAUGCUCUUCAAGUUUUCUAUAUCAAUUAUCUUUUUUGGCGGUGGAGUGAGAUCGACACUGAUGGACAGUGACGUGAGUGAGCGAGUGAGAAGGUAACGGGAUUAGGAAGAAAAUAGUGUACAGAAGAAUGGGAGUCCGAGUCGUCGCCGGAGGCCGCCGCAGGGUGUAAGACACAGCGCGCAGAAGAGACGAGAAACGCGAGAGUCUUCAGUGUGUGGCGUGGUGUGACCAGGUGGUAUAGCGGGUUCAGUGCUGGUAAAACUUGAAAAUGAUAACCGUGGUUACUUGUGACGGAAGUACAAUGAAUAAAAGACGUAGAACAUGUACGCUUUAAUAAGUGAAAUGUGGAAGAGAACAGUGUAUGGUCAAAUUUAUAACUUAUAACUGAAAUAAACAUAGAAAAUCACCACCGUAUCUGGAAGAAGUCUUUAAAGAAAUAACCAAACGAAUAGUCUGUGCGGUUUGGUGGAUGGGUAGUCGAUUUUGACAGACCGCGGACCAGAAUGAAGGAGAUGGUCGGUGGUUGCUGUGUUUGCUCCGAUGAUCGGGGAUGGUCGGAGAACCCUCUGGUCUAUUGUGAUGGACAAAGUUGUGCGGUGGCCGUUCAUCAGGCGUGCUACGGAAUAGUGACGGUUCCCAGCGGACCAUGGUACUGUCGAAAGUGUGAAAGUCAAGAACGAUCUGCUCGUGUUCGGUGCGAGCUAUGCCCUUCUCGAGAUGGUGCACUUAAGCGGACCGAUAAUCAAGGUUGGGCACAUGUGGUAUGUGCUCUGUACAUUCCGGAGGUGCGCUUUGGAAAUGUCACUACGAUGGAACCAAUCAUAUUGCAGUUGAUUCCACAGGAACGGUAUAAUAAAACAUGUUACAUUUGUCAGGAAUUGGGAAAAGGUUCCCGCUCGACAGCAGGCGCUUGUAUGCAGUGCAACAAAUCAGGUUGUAAACAACAGUUCCAUGUAACUUGCGCUCAGCAACUUGGACUACUCUGCGAGGAAGCAGGAAACUAUUUGGAUAACGUCAAGUACUGCGGGUACUGCCAGCAUCAUUAUAGUAAAUUGAAAAAAGGAGGCAACGUCAAAACAAUUCCACCGUACAAGCCGGUUAGUCACGAAACAAACUCCAGCGAUGGACCAUCGUCUCCGGAAAAGGAGCUUGAACCUUCUACAUUGCAGCAACAUCCCAGUGGCAGCAGUAUGAGCGGUGGAAGUGGAAGCAGUAGCAUGAAAUCCAACAAUCGAUUACCGGGAGAGCAAGGUAGCUCAUCUUCGGCAUCAUCGUCGUCGAAGCAAAGGAAGUCGUCCAGUGCUUCAAAAGGUUCGACCAAUUCAAUUGCGACGUCGUCAUCAUCUGCCAUUGUUAGCAGUGGAAGCGGAAGCGGCGGUAUGGUCAGUCAAACGGGAAGCACUGCAUCUGCAGGAAUUGCUAGCAUAAACUCUGGAGCCUCCAGCAGUAAUGCCCCAGGAGGAACCACUGUGAAAACGAGUUCGUCCUCUUCUAGUAGCAGCAAUAAGGAUAAAGAUAAAUAUAGCAAAAAUGUAAAUAAAGUGUCCAGUACAAACAAAAGUCACGAUAAGGAACCAUCGUCAUCUUCGUCAUCGUCCUCGUCUUCACAACGGGACAAAAGCUCUAAAUCAUCUAAAUCCAACAGUACCAACAGCAGUACUAUGGGUAGUGGAAGCAGCAGCAGUACUACUGGUCUGGGAUCCUCAGUUAGCAAUUCAACUAGUUCCAAUAUGAGCAGUUCCCUUCCUAAAGAAAACGAUUUCUCCUCACUGUCGGCACCUACGUCUUCAGCCUCACCGAUCCCCUCCAGUUCCAUCAAGCAGCAACAGGAAGGUUUAGCUAUCAAACCAGAGAAAACUUUAGCCCAAAUUUCUUCUGCAGCUGCAUCUUCAGCUCGGGCAGCAUCCCUUUCGCCUGCUGCCAUUCCUACGACGCUGAUCAUCAAACCCCCUCACGACCAUUCGGGUACCAACAAGGAGAUGUUGUCGAAGGAAGCUAUCGCUAAGUUUACCACGUCGAAUUUCACCGAAACGAUAGUUGUCAACUCUGAUUCGGUUUUCGGAACCUGUACCACUAGUAGCAAUAGCGGUAACACCGCCCCAAGUGGCCCUAUGGGAGGAGCUUCUGGAAACAACCCGAACAGUGCGGGUUCUUCCACUGGUCCCCCUUCGGUGAUCGAAACGGGAACUAGCAGCGGUAACAACAAGAUGACUGUUUCCGGAGGAAGCUCGUAUUCCAGCUCCAGCUCAAGCAUAGCGAAGAAAAGGAAAGCCGAUGCUAGAUCUACACCGACCUCGAUAUCCAGUAUUGACAUUGAUAUAAAUCGUGAUUUGAUUAAAGACGUCGCUGUUUCUCUUGUGCCAUUGCCAUUCAAUAAGAGCGAUAACAUCGAUCCUGCUUGCUUGAGUGGCAUCGAGAAAACGAUCAAGAAGAUUACACGAGCUUCUCGACGCAACAGACAGGAGAAGGAUAGCAGCUCCAGAAAAGAGGCAACGAAUAAACGCAAGGCUAAAACGGAACCAAGCUCUCCUCAUCACCCGAGUGGUGACACCAACAUUCAAAACGUGAGUCCAAAUUUGGUCCAGUCUCACACGUCGAACAUCGUCUCAUCAUCAAUUAAACAUCAACAACAGCCGAACUCACCUCAGCUUCAACAACAACAACAGCAGCAGCAGCAGCAGCAGCAGCAUCCACAACAACAUCAACAUCAACAACAACAACAUCAACAACAACAGCAACAACAACAACAACAACAGCCACAACCGGGCCAGCAACAUACGCCUAGCCUUGUGGUGUCCGUUCCGUUGUCGACAGCUACCGUACCUGGUGUGAAUUUACCUGCUAAUAAUAAUGGUGGUAGUAGUAGUAGUAGUAGUAGUAGCAAUAUCUGCAGUGCAAGUACCAAUGCUUCAACUAGUAGCGCUAACAGUAACACGCCGAACAUCGUGUCGCCUGGUCAGAUGGCUUCUGGAUCCAGUCUGUACCAACAGCUGACACAGCGAACUGGCGAUCAGCUUAUGAGUGCAGCUACUAACCGGGCCAGUCCUGUGAUACAACAACAACUGAGUGCGUCGAGUCACGUAAUACAGAAUCCCGCUCAUUCGAUACUGGAACGACAGUCACCUUCGAUGAGAUUGUCACCUGCCAUCAUCUCUAGCGCUGGAUCGCACCAACAUCAGCUACAUCCUUUCUCCACCGGAGGAAUGGAGCUGACCCCGAGCAGUCUCUCGUCCAAUGUGUCCGUACUACAGAGCAUUUCACCUGUGCCGAUGAGUGCCAUACAGAGUACGUCAUCGUCGCCAAUCAUUCCGGGAGGUGACAGCGGUCUCAAGAUUACCUUCGAAAAGCAAACAACGAAUGCGCGGAUAGCUGCCAUUCAGGAGGAGGAACUUUCCGGAAGGAGAUCAAGAUCACAAUCAAGAGAUCGUGGUGGUGGUACCGGAAGCGGAGGCAGCUCUGGUAGUGGCAAAACGCGUACAUCCAAGAAACGCUCCCUGCAACAACAACAGCAGCCGCAGCGUUCAUCGCCAUCGAUCACCACUGGCUCAUCAACCACUUCCUCUUCCUCUGCCGCCAACAAUGCAAUGUAUGCUAACGAACCCACCGCCACCUCCACCACCACCAGUCGUAGUUCGACGCCUAGCAAUAACCACAACAGUAGCCACCCGAACGCUAGUAACAAUAACCAGCUUAAUCUGAUUCUUAACAGUAGUGCCAGUAACUCUAGUCAUACUAACACGGCCAAUGGUAAUAGUAGUAACAGUUUGCCACCAUCUUCGGUCGGAACUACCAUCAUCGGAUCACCGAUUCUACCCCAUGCAGAAAAGAUAUCCCAAAUCAAUUCCUCUGCUUCAUCCUUGGCAAGCGCUGCAAAUGCAAACGCAUCCAAUUCUUCGUCUAUUUUGACUCCCACUAUUACUUCCGCUGCUUCCGGUACACAUGUAAUUGAAACGGUCGGAAUGAUCUCUACCUCCAACUUCCAAAGCAACCAUCCCACCAAUACCGCUGGUCAAUCACACCAUUUGACAUCUGGUGGCAGUAACGUUAACAGCAGCCACUCCGGCAGCAACAAUAGUAGUAGCUUAACUGCCGGCACCAGCACCGAACACGGUCACGGCAAUCCCAGUAGCAAUAACACCAGUAGUAACAGUAACAGUAAUAAUGCUGUGGUGGUCACGCAUAAUAGCAAGAAGCUAAGGUCUUCGCAACCUUCUGCUGAAAUACCCUCGCCAUCUUCUUCCAGAACACCGGACAAUAGUUUCAGUUCUUCAUUCAGUUCCGGCGGAGGACUUAAGUUCUCCUACGAAGCACAACCCGGUACCAACCCUGCAGCUGUUGGCGCAACGUCAACCAUUAUUACACCUCUACCGACGGUGAAAGAAUCUCCUCCCAGUUCUCCCGGUUCAGAUCCCGGAACGGUUCGUAGCAAUAAACGUAACCGAAAGCUAUCGACGAACUCAAACACCGCUCUUGGAGCUCCCGAGCCCAAGGAAAGUAAAUUGUUUCAAAAUGGCGUAGUCCAUGCUACUCAUAUGUUGGGCAAUCAACUGAAUCCCAACAGCAGUGUUGCGCAGAAAAUGUCCGAUCAGUUGACCAUGGAACUCGAAACACAUGCAUUUGUGGAAGCGCCACAAAUAGUAGGACCUCCUUUCCCGGGUAAAAAUCAAACGGCAAGAAGCAAUACCAGUGCACCAGUACCAAGUGGACCUUCGCUAAGCUCGAUGCUUGCAGGGGGAGGCACAGCUACCGCAAACGGUAAUACGCCUCAGAGCCUAGAACAGCUGCUGGAACGGCAAUGGGAACAAGGAUCUCAAUUCCUAAUGGAACAAGCUCAACACUUUGACAUUGCGUCAUUGCUAUCCUGCUUGCAUCAACUGCGGAGUGAAAACAUACGGUUAGAGGAUCAUGUGAACAACCUGGUUGCAAGGCGGGACCACCUACUAGCUGUGAAUGCCCGAUUAGCUAUCCCACUGAAUCCCACCGCGAUAGGCGGUGUGGGUCUCGGUGGCGGAAGUGGCACGGGUGGUGGUGGAGGUCCCGGUGGAGCAGGAGGACCCGGCGCUUCCGGUGGAAGUGGACCUGGUUCCAUUGGAUCUCAAGGUCAAUUCAAUAACAUGCACGGUAACGGACCGCACGAAUCUGCUGGAAACUCAACUACCACCACCAUUUCGAGCCGAAGUAGUCGGAUUCAGCAACAUCAAACUCAACAACAGCAAUCACAGCCACAUUUUGGCAGCAGCAGCAGCACCGGCAACCUAAUACCACUGGAAAAUGGUAUCGAUUUUCGGCAUUCGAAUUCGUCCCAUCAAAAUACCUCAAGUUCAUCAAUCAGACAUCACUCUCCAUCGAAUCAAUCUUGUCCGCCUCCGUCUAACUCAUCUAGCCGUCAAUCAUCGUCCGCAUCUAGUGGUGGCCUAUCUACGGAGCAGACUACGUCGCAUUCCCGCUCCAACCGAGGAAUCAGUAGCAGCAGUGCUAAUAAUCCUUCAAGCAACAGUGUUACGAGUGGAAAUAAUAAUCCCUCAUCUUCAUCCGUUUAUCAGGCGCAGCAGCAAACUAUCUAUAACACCGCCCACCAGAUUCCACUCUUGUUGGAGCAUCACCAACAGGAGCACCAUUCCCAACAGCAGCUACAGCCGCAUUCGCAACAACAGCCACAGGCGCAUCACCUACGGCAAACAUCUCCAACCGUCUCGUCACGUUCCCAUCUGUCUCACUCGGCACGUGCAGCGGGCGGAAAUCCACCUGCCUCUCAUUCCCACCAUCCCGGUCCGCUUUCCCAUCACCAUCAAUCACUGACAUCCGCGGCUUCCUCACAUGCGCCACCAUCGCAGCAGCAGCAACCGCUUCCGCAACGGCAGCGACACUAAGUCAGUUUUAGUAGGCUUUAUGGAAUAUAUAUAAAUAGGCUAAAGGUUAUGGCACCCUCUUUUGAGUACAAAAUGGAUGAUAAAUUCUCUUCGUAACCUACAGAAAAGUUUGCUGUGAAGCCGCACAACACGGUUUGAUGCUUCGAAUAAGACUGUAAGACAGAUCAGGCACCCGAAAUCGAGGUGCAUGCCAAAUUUUAAGACUUAAAUGCACCGAAACACACCGACAUGGAUCAUACUGCACAGUUGCAAUUCAUAUCUAGUGCCGAGGAAAGUCCCACUAGCAUAUAUCUACUAUCCCUAGCGUUGGAGGUUUUUUUUUUAAAGUAGCACAAUCACAGCACAGUUUUUGAGGGUUUCUGACUUGGUGAUACAUUCUCCAGCAUGCUAAUAACUUAUACUACACUUAAAAAACUGGUUGUCAGUUUUCCAUGUAAUUCUGUCAGCAAAUCGCAGCGAAAUUCUCCUCGAAGACAAUGCAUCAAUAGAUCGUAACUGCUCUGCGGAAUUGUCAUAGCUUUGGUUCAUACAAUGAAUUCAUAACAACAUUCUACGAGAAAAAUGCGGAUACAACCUUAUUUGAGGGGGUCAGAAGGAAAGGGAUGUAAAUGACUUUGAUCGGUUCUCUUCAUAGACUUUCUCUUUUGAUAGUCACAGCUUUACAGACAGAUUUUGCGCUAUUUCUGCCACAUAGUUUGAUAAAGGAGCUUCUCAUCUGUCAUCCAGAAUGGCACACGAAUCAAGGAAUGUGUUUGCAGCUGAAUUAUUAACGAAAGAGAAAGUCGAUGAAGAGAAUCGAUCAAAGUCACUUAGACCCUUUUCCUUCUAACCCCCUAAUUUAAGAUAAAGAUCAUUUCGAUUAUAAGUACGUGUCGACCGCAGAUCAGCUUCAAUCAUCUGAUACCGUGAAGAUCCAUCAUUUCGCGCAUCACUUAACUUCGCUCAUUUUGUAGUGUAUGUAUUGUGAUAUUUUCUAAAUUUUAAUUUUUCUCAUACACUAGUGAAUAAUGCCUAUCUGCAUUUUCAACCCAGUUUAAAUAUCAGCAUUAAACUUUUUUAAUGUGUGAAAUUAGGAACUAGGUGCGUGAAUUUAUGGAAAUCCAUGCGGAUGGUUUGACUAACGAUAUAUGUUUACCGCUUACCUUUUUUUUUUUGGUUUUACCACAUUUUUCACACAGAGGGCAACAUGAGUUGGUCACAAAAAUUAACCAUUUUAUAUUUGUUCCAAUCCUAGUCACUGUGCCACGAUAAGGAUCCAGGAUAUGAUAGUAUACAACUUCGUUACGCCGUCUAAUGUUCAAACUUCAGUCUUCUGCGGGCCUCGCAUGUUAUCUAAAUCUCUAUGAAAAUUUAUGCAUGCAUGGCCGAAAUGGUUGGGAAAUGCACAGAAUGCAACUGAAAAUAUGAACAAUACACACAGAUGGGUACAGCCAUUGAUAAAAUGGGGGUUGGUUACCACUAGGUUACCUAUUGCGUCUUAAAGCAUCGCAGAGGGUCUUCUGUUUUUUUUCGCAUACACAAGUUUUUUUUUCUAUAACUAA